UCUCAACUUCCCUUCCUCUCAUAUACGACACAAUCACCCGCCCAAUAUGCACUCAACGCUCGUACGGGUGCAGAAUGUCUUCGGCUUCUUUACUACGGUAGCUUUCUCCGUCGCGGCGGUAAUUGCGCUCUCCGCCUUUAUCAACCCACAGACCCCGUCUGCGAGCAUUCAGUUGCGGAAUGUCCAGGUAGUGAGAGGGCGACCCCACUACUACAGCUAUAAGAAGGAGGAGUAUGCGCACAUCAAGUUCGAUCUGGACACAGAUCUAAGCACCCUCUUCAACUGGAACACAAAACAAGUCUUCGUCUACCUAAAAGCCAUCUAUCCCUCCACCAAACCCUCCGAGCCCGCCUCCGAAGCCAUAAUCUGGGACGCCAUCCUCCCGGGCUCCGCCGCGCCCUGGCACCAGAACCACUACAUCCACCCGACGCCCAAAUCCUCCAAGACCUCCAAAAAGUCUAAGUCCGCCGACGCGCCCUACCCGCGCGGCAUCCUGCACCUGCAGAACCAGCGCCCGAAGUACCAGAUCACGGAUAUCAGUGGGAAGCUGCAGAAUCGCACGGAUGUGCAGCUCGAGCUGGGCUGGAACGUGCAGCCGUGGGUUGGCGCGCUGCUGUGGGAGCAUACCUUGAUGGACGUUGGCCUAUGGCAGCGGUUGAUGGGCGGGAAGAGCGAGGUGUUUGAUUUCCCGGCGAUUGGGGCGAAGGGCAUGCCGAAGAAGAAGGAUUUGGAGACGGAGAAGGGGCAUGAGGGGCAUAGGCUUGAGGCGGGCGGGGAGGUGCCGAGGAGGAAGCCUGCGUAAGCGGAGCGUGGAGGACGUCUAUCUGAUGCGCAGCGGCUGAGGCGGGUUAUGUGCCUAUGAUAUAGGAUGUGGGAUGUGAUAUUAUGUGCGUUAUGGGAAGGGCUUCGCCGGCAGGCUGGGCUUCAAUGAUACCUCGUCUUCUCCUUCGCGACGCGAUUCUCAUCUUGAACCCGCUUUAGUCUCCAUCGGCCUCGCAGUUAAUUCUCACUACGCAGCGCAGAGGAGAGCUCGGAGUGAUUUAGAAAUACCAUAUAGAUUCCUCGGAUUCUUCUAAUGGAUUCCCA